UGAGAAAAAUAACAUUUCCUAAAAAAGGACCAUACAUGAAAUUAUAUUUAUUUUACCGUUUACAGAUUAAAACUUCAUCCCUGUCUGUUAUUCAUCCAACAACCCAAAAAAUGAACACAAACAAAGCAGAAGCUGAACGGUUACUCGAAAUCGGCGAAGAGCUUCUACAGAAACGCGAUCUGAAAGGCUCACGAGAAUUAGCCAUUCUGGUCCAAGAAACCGAGCCUCUUCUAGAAGGUUCCGACCAGAUCCUAGCAAUCGUCGAUGUUCUAGAAGCAGCCGAAAAGCCUCUGAACCUCAACACCCACCACCUGGAUUGGUACGCGAUUCUUCAAAUCGAUCGGAACUCGCGAGACUCGCGAGAUCCGAGUUUCAUAAGGAAACAGUACCGAACUCUGGCUCUUCUUCUUCAGCCUGAUAAGAAUCCGUUUUCGUUUGCUGAGUUGGCUUUCAAGCUUGUUUCUGAUGCUUGGGCCGUUUUGUCUGACCCGGCCCAAAAGGCCCAAUAUGAUAGGGGGUUUGAAGUGGAGGGGAAUGGGUUGGGUAGUUUUUGGACUGCUUGUCCUUAUUGUUACUGUUUGUAUGAGUAUGCUAGGGUCUAUGAGGGGUGUUGUUUGAUGUGUCAGAAGUGUGAUAAGUCGUUUUGUGGUGUUGAGAUUCCGAAUCUUCCGGAGUUUGUUCCCGGGGAAGAGGCUUAUUAUGUUACUUGGGGGAUGUUUCCGAUGGGGUUUGUGUUUGAGAGAUUGGAAAAUGGUGAUGGUGGUGAUUCUGCUAAGAGAAAUUGAUUGGUGUUGUUUAAUGUUGUUUGUUGUUUUGUUUUAAAGAGUAAAAAUAAUACUUGGACCGAAAAAAAUUCAAGUAGGUUAAUAAUGGUUGUACUGUAGUGGCAAUGAAUAAAACUGGAGAAUGUCAUUGUAAUUGUAGUAAAUCUAUAAAAGGAAAUGAUUUCGGUCUUCUAAAGAGUGGAAAAUGAUUACUCUUUUAUCUUCUAU